UGCUGAAGAUUGUGCGUUGAAAACGCUCCAAAGAGAAGCCAUGGGGUUUCCCAGGACAAGCUGUGCAUCCUAUUUGAUCAAUGUUUAAAUGAAAAAUAGCUAAAAAACAGGUCGCUACUUUUUGUUUUUGCUACAAACGGCCGAAGAGCUGCUUGCGUGUCUGGGAGUGGGAGUAUACAUGUCAACAACAACAUAGUCGAUAUUGAAAUUUGAAGGUGAGGUCCACAGACCCAAAGCAUGUCUGACACAAAUGAGAAUUCAAGUGAUGGAACUGCAGCACCAAAUGCUGGAAUGACUUCUUCAGAGGACGGAUCUACACCAGCAGUUCAUGCUACAACACCAUCAAAUGCCAAAAAUUCUCCAGGCGCCCAUGGUACAGUGGCUCCACCUACUAGAAAUCCUUCGGGUAACAAUGCUGCAUCAAAUGCCGAAAAUGCCUCAGCAGCUCAGGCUUCAACACCACAAAAUGCCAAAAAUCUUACCGCAGCCAAUGGCUUAAGUGCAUCAGUUAACAGGAAACCUUCCAGAACCUGUCCUAAAACAACAAAUUCUAGAAAUCACACAGGAGGAAAGCGAAAUGGAACAUCUUCUUUGACCACCACAAAACCCUCAGGUACAAAUGCUACAGCAACAAGCACCAGAAGGGUUUCAGGAUCCAACUUUUCCCCAGCUCACUCAUCAACAACAUCAACGACAAGUAAUCAAAAACCAUCAAGAGCUAGUGUAGCAUCCAAUGCUAUAAGAAGAACAAUGGGAGCAGCACCAGUGGCAGCAUCAAGUUCUCGAAAACUGCCAGGGGGAAGUGAUGCAGUUCUUAGAGAUGAAAAUGGUCAGGCAUUAGGGGUUAAGAGGACAAUCUCAGGAAGUGAAAAGCGUAUUCCCAUUGGAGCCCAUGGGCUUGGGCGUGGAAGGGGUGUUACAAGUUCCCUAGGAUCUCUUGGCACAGAAGGUGGAGCAGUGAGCACCGUAAGGCCUAUAACUGUUAAUCGAGGAGCCGAAGGUUACUUCCCUUCUGAAGAAAUGUCACACUCUGGUUUGGGGAGAGGGAUGUCUUCAAGCCAAGUGGCUCCCGUUGAGCAGCAGGCAUCAGUGUUUGGUAGGCCCGGAGCUGGUCCUGUAGCAACUGCGCGACACAAUGAAACUGUGUCACAAAGGGGUAAUGCUGCUGAUCGUACAAGGAGGCCUCCUGUUAUCAAUUCUACAUCAAGUUUGAACUCGGCCGUGCCAGGUUCACUCAGUCGGGGAGUUGCUGGCAACUCGAACUCCACUGGCUAUGACCGUUCACUUUUCGAGGAGGCUAUUUCAACUCCAGAUCAAGGAUAUGUGAGAGGUAAUCAGGGGGAAGAAGUCUCUUCAUCUCAACCUGCACGAAGUGUAAAUGAAAGUAACCAGCAGGAAACUGUGGAGAGCAGCAUGUCCCAUGAUGGAAAUGAUGGUGCUAUCUUGAACAGGCUACCUGGCAGCAGCGUAUUGCCAGUUCCAAGGCAGUCUCACACGAUGUCUUUCUCCAGUAAUGUGAGACCAAGACCUGGAAGUGCCACAGGCCGUUCCUCAUCUAUAUCUCUGACAAGAAGAACUCCGUCGCCACUGAUGCGUUCUCCAAGUGCAAUUCCUCGCCCAAUUUCUCGACGUCUGCAAAGGAUGCAAAGAUCUCAAAUGGAUGAGUGGCCAUUACCAAACGCGUCCAGUUCAUCUUCACUUCUGCCAUCUUUGCGAGCGUCUGCUGGUUUGCCAGUUGGACAAAGGUCACUGUCCGGAUCCCGACCGUCGUCUGCUUCAUCAGAUGCAGUUUCUUUUGGUUCCUCACAGUUCAGUGUUCAGUUGCCAUCAGUGUUAACACCUAUGCAAACUGAAACUUCAGCUUCAAGGAAUCAACCACCAUCUGGCAGAUCGUCACCUUUGGAAACACGGCGUACAAGGAUGGUCCCAGGGCCAAUGUCCAGGGGGACAACACCUCCACAUGUGCACUCAACCAUGAGAACUCUACCUCCCCGUUCAACAUCUGGACGUCGACUGUCUCAGCAACCACCUGUAGGACACCUAGCAUCUCUUCAAACACCGCCGUCUGGAUCACAACAUCCUGAUUCAUCAGCUCGCAACGAAGGUGUACCUUCUGAAGGAACCGAAACAAUCUGGCAUCUGCUUUCAAGGCCACCAUCAGCUCGACAAUCGCAACAGCAACAGCCACUUUCCACCAGUGAUGGGUUGAUGCCUAUGGACCUUCCUCAUCCUACAUCUCCAAGACCUUCCGCACCAUCAGUGACCAGAAUGUACAGUGGGCUGCCAGCUGCUCAGUCCUCUCUGGUGCAGGAAAGAUCUGAAGAACAGUCUGUUGCAAACAUGGCAACGAUAACUCAUUUGGAACCGCCACAUCCACUGUCUGCCGAGGAAAGUUUACCUAACGGGUCAUUUGUCAGACCGUCCCCAGACUUUCGAUCAGUGCCAUAUCGGUCGAUGUCAUUGGCUGAGACAGCGAUGCCUGCACGCCGUUUCCUUGAUGACAUGGAGCCGAGACAGUUUGAUGCACAGCCCUUCAGUGCUGUUCUUCGGCUCCAUGUUGUAAGGAGAGAUGCCAAUGACAACGUUGCUGCAGAAGGGGAUACCAAUGCUGAGGAAAGUGAGGGGGCCAUGGGUGGUGAAACAGGGGUGCCCACAUCUGGGGUCCCACAGGGGGCCACAGGUGGCGCAACUGCUGGGGUCAUAGGUGGUGCAACAAGGGGACCCACUGCAGGGGCCACAGGGGGGACCACAUCUGGGGCAACAGAAGGUGCUACAGCUCCACUACCCCGCUCACCCGAUCCACUGCAACGUCUUAUCUUUUUUUCCAACAUUGUGCAGUCGACAUUAGCUGCUCAGGCAAGCAUGGAAGAAGUCAAUUCAGGAGGUGCCACAUCAAGACGAGAAGGCUCCCAGGAAAGAAGCCCCAUUCAACGUUUAGUGAACCAUCAGAUGUUCCAGCUACUACUCCUGAUAGAGGACAGUCUACAGCUGGAAACAUUGCAUCAUGCUGUGGAUUUAGAUGACUAUGAGUCCCUGUGGAAUUUGUCCGAGCAACUGGGUGAGGUGAAAAAGAGAGGCAUUAGCGAGGAAGAAAUAGCAGAAAUCCCGACACGCGAGUUUCGGGGUUUGUGUGAUGAGAAGGAAGAGUGUCGUAUAUGUCUGACAACAUACGAGACACCUGACUGGCUAAGGACUCUCACCUGUAAACACGAAUUCCACAUGGCCUGCAUCGACAAAUGGCUACUGGUAAAUGCCACAUGUCCCAUUUGUAGACAUUCUUUAGCCAAAGCAUGAUGACCAGACUUCGUUGGCUUGGAAAAUGGAUACAAGUUUUUGGUGAUUAAUAUAAAUGUGCUGUAAAUGAAUGGAUGGGGAUCCAUCUGUUACAGUGAUGAGGAAAUGUGCAAGCUGAUACAUGUAUGGUGAGAAAGUUUGCUCAUUUCAAAGUGUGCUGAUACAUGAAUGCUGUAAUUGUAAAAGUGUGUUCAUACAUAUAUGCUGUAAUUGUAAAAGUGUGCUCAGCACAAAGUGUGCCGAUACAAGUAUGCUGUAAUAAUGAAAGUGUGCUCAUCACAAAAUGUGCCACCUAAUUACUCCUCAUCGUCAUAGGACUGAAAAAUUGUUAAAUACAACAUUAAACCCUAAGCAUACAUACAUGUACAUCAGAAAGUGUGCCCAUACAAGUAUGCAGUAAUAGAGAAAGUUUGCUCGCCAGGAAGUGUGCUGAUAAUGCUGUAAUGCAUUUAUUUGAGGAAGUGUGUUGAUACAUGUAUGUUGAAAUACAGCAUGUAUGCCAAUGAGGAAGUGUGCUACAUGUAUCCACUGUAAUAUUCAUGUAGUGAAUGUACUCAAGAGAAAGUGUGCUGUAAUAUACAUGUACAUGUAGCAAAUGUCCUUGUGGAAAAAGAGUGUUGAUAUUCUGUAAAUAAUGAAUAGUAAGUGUCAUAAUAUAGAACACUCAAGAAGAGAACUUUGUUUGCCUUCAGUUUUAUACAUUAGAUUAUUAAUAACACCUUCACGUGAACUGUUAAAAUCUUAUGGUGACACCAUGUUUGUAUCAACAUUCACACAGUCUUUCACACAAAACUGUGAUAAUAAUUUGUUGUAAUUAGUACCAUGUGGAUGUCCAUAUUAAACAUUGAUGUCUUAUAUUGAUAUUGCAUGCUUUGCAUUAAAGCAUUUAUAGCUUUAUUCGGUGUCACAGUGAUGGCCUGUAGUAUUUUGCUCAAUUUGGCAGUGUCAUUUUGUUGCAAACACGAUGGUGUCAGGUAACACCAAAUUUGCAAUUACAGUAUUGUACAAGUAGCUGUGAUA